GAUGGCGGUGCGUGGACGCGCGGCGGCGGCGGCGGCAGCAGCAGUAGCGGCCAUGGCUGCUGUGGAUCGGCGGCUGCCGAAUCUCGACGACUUCGCGGGGCAGAGCUGGAGCGCCUGGGUGGAGAGGGCCGGGCCGCCGGCUGCCGAGACAGGGUCUGAGUUGGAAGAAAACAACCGGAAUGGGAGCAAGAAGCUGGAUGCCAUGACCCUCAUUAAAGAAGACAUGUCUAUCUUUGGUCACUGCCCAGCUCAUGAUGAGUUCUACCUGGUGGUGUGUAACCAUUGUGGCCAAGUGGUCAAACCUCAAGCCUUUCAGAAGCAUUGCGAGAGACGGCAUGGACCUCUCAACAAACUCUAUGGCCGGGCGCAGACCUCCUCAAGUUUACAGAAGUGCCAUGCGGUCAAUGGACGGUCCCUUGCCAGUGGGGGCCACAGAUCCACCAAGACCUGGCAGGAAAAAUCCCACAGCUCAUUCAGUCAAGCCCAGCACAUGCCGGAGAGGACAGACAAGAUGCCGAAAGACAACCUUUGCUUGUUUGUGCCUGUUGUGAACUUAGAGAAGAUCUCUGGUCUUCCGAAGUCAGAUGGGGUUGGAGUGAGGGCUUCCUCAAAAUCUUCUGACACCACCAUCCCCAGACAGUCUUCUGGCAGCUCAAAGGAGAUAUUGGUCAAGCCUUCCUUAGUAGCAUCACCAAAGGAAGCUCUUACGUCAGCCAGAGCAGGUGGCAGCUUGAUCAUCCCUUCUGAAGGCCUGAGCAGGAAACUGGAGAAUCCACCCAGCUUAGGAGAGAAGGAGACCGGGACUGUGAAAUCCCUAAAGAAGAUGCCACGGAAAGAAUGUGACUUGAACAAGCAGUGUGGAGUGGUGAAUCCUGAAACCAAGAAGGUUUGCACUCGGUUACUGACCUGCAAGAUCCAUUCAGUACAUCAGCGUCGUGAGGUGCAAGGCCGUGCCAAGGACUUUGACGUGUUGGUGGCUGAGUUGAAGGCCAGCACCAAGAAAGGGGAGCCCCCCAAAGAGAAGAGCCCAGUGAGGAAGGAGGCGGCCUCUGAGCGUCUCCUGCAGGACUCCUCUUCGCUGUCACAGGCUUCAUUGGCCCUACCUAGUGCUUCGCCUUGCCGCAUGAAGCAACCAUAUUCCCACUGUGCACUUUCCAGGUCUAGGGAUUCCUCAGAGAGUGACCCUGAUGAUCUGCCUGCCACCUCUGGUGAAGUCGACCACCGGCUUUAUCCUUUCCCAGUGCCCAAGAGCACUGGACGGGCCUCAAGCGAAGAGAGUGAAGAUGAUACAGUGGAGGAUUCCCGUAAACUGGAUUGCCAUUAUGCAACACAGUCGCCGCAGCCCCAGGCAUUCUGCACUUUUGGAAGCAGGUUGGUGAGCCCAGGGUGUUAUGUGUUCAGUCGACGGCUGGAUCGAUUCUGCUCUGCACUCAGUUCUAUGCUGGAGAGGCAUCUCAGUUCGCACAUGUGGAAGUAAGUGAAUAUGGACUGAAAGAUCACCAUCGUUUUGCUGAAUUGGUAGAAGUCAAUGGUAUAGCCUCAAGUACACACUAAAAUAUAGAGUGAUUUCACAGUGUCUCCUCUGUGCUGUCUCUCAUGUUUGUCCAGAGAAGAGGGAAAAAAACUCCAGAAACAUCCAGCAGUAGUGCAUACAUUCUACUUUCCUUUUGUAGCAAGAAGUAACUGCUGCACUGAACAUUUGCAAAGCUGAUGUCUCAGCUUGAAAGGGAGGCCUCUUUUGUCACAAAUUUAUCCUGAAAGCAAUCAGCUA